CGUCUCAUAUAUCAACCACUUGCGGACCAAAUCCCCAGGCAGAGAUAGUCUUAUAAAUUUGCUUAAGACUCCAUUUUCCUUCUCCAAAUUAAAAACAUGGCUCGUGUUCUUGUUGGAGUGAAAAGAGUCAUCGAUUAUGCUGUAAAAAUUAGAGUCAAGCCAGAUAAAUCUGGCGUUAUGACCGAUGGAGUGAAACAUUCGAUGAAUCCGUUCGACGAGAUCGCGAUCGAGGAAGCGGUGCGUAUGAAAGAAAAAAAAUUGGCCGCUGAAGUAAUUGCUGUUAGCUGUGGUCCAGCACAGUCUCAAGAAACUUUAAGGACUGCUCUCGCUAUGGGAGCCGAUAGAGGCAUUCAUGUGGAAGUCUCUGGGCCAGAGUAUGAAACUUUGCAGCCAAUUCAUGUGUCAAAAAUUUUAGCUAAACUGGCCAAGGAUGAGAAAGCAGAUCUGGUAAUUCUGGGAAAGCAAGCCAUCGACGACGACUGUAAUCAGACUGCUGCGAUGACUGGUGGAGUUUUGCGCUGGCCCACUGCCACUUCUUGCAGUAAGAUUGAACAUGGCCAAGGAGAAUUGACAGUGACUCGAGAAAUCGAUGGCGGUUUGGAAGUCAUCAAAGUCAAAACUCCAGCUGUACUGAGUGCUGAUCUACGUCUAAAUGAGCCUAGAUAUGCAACUUUGCCGAAUAUCAUGAAAGCUAAAAAAAAGCCAAUGAAAAAAGUCACUCCUAAAGACUUGGGAGUUGACAUCAGUCCAAGGAUUGAAGUUCUGACUGUUGAAGAUCCACCAGUCAGACAAGCUGGUUCAAUUGUUCCAGAUGUUGACACUCUAGUCACCAAAUUGAAAGAAAGUGGACAUAUUUAGUAAAGAAAUAAAAAUUGUAGAUAAAAGAAAUAUAAAUCAUUUGUGAGGUACACUAAAUCCUUGCUUGUUUAUUAUAAAAUGUAUCAUAAUUGAAUAACAGUUUUGUACAUUUGUUGACAUAUUUUAAUAACUGUUAUAUUUUUAUAUAGGUAAUAAAUUUGUAUACAUAUUG